CUCUCUACUACGAGGUCGUUAGAAGUUUUGCGAUAGAAUGGGUGAGAAAAGAACCGCUAACGCCUUCAUAGUACUCAAUAAGUACUGACUGGACCUGACGGAACUAUAGCACCUUAAUAGUAGCUGUCGCCCACAUAGUACACGCCAAUAGCUGACUACAUAAUCAUAACUAUAAUUAUUGUCAGACAAAAAAUGGGCAUCAGUGGUGCAAAACAGGCGGUCGCCUUUGGAGUCGUGGGAGAUCAGUGGAAAGACUUCCAAUUGCAAGUAGAGCAGUUCUUCGGCGCGAACUCCUAUGCAACUGGAGACGACAAAUUCCGCAGUGGCAUACUGAACCCCGCUGGUGAAAAUUACAAAGAGUUUAGUGGUUUUUUGAAACAUGUCUUCAGCGAUUGCGCUGCCAAUAAUUGGCUUCAUACAGGUACUAAGAUUAUGCGACCUUUUAUCAUUUGGGCUGAUUAGUUGUGAAUGUUGAUGCGUGGGCGAUUUCUGAGUCUGUCAAAAGUUUGCUUCCUCUUUUAUGUGAUGUGGCCUUCCUACUACCUCUAGUAUUUUUGUGUCGGGUUCUCAGAAGUAUUAGCCAUUUACUUGGCAAGCGCGGCGCAGUGUUAUUUCGCCUUUAUCUCUCUCAGGUUGCACGAAGUCGGGCGAAAAGAUGGACUGGAGAUAUGACGAGUCUCAUUGGCUUAUGGGCGACAAUGAACAAGGUGACCCAAGAUCCAAAGCCCCACGGCGGAAAUAUGACCGAUAUAGCAAAACCGUGGCAAGCUCAAAGAAGGCGGAUGGAACAGUAGACGAGGAGAUCGUCGUCGACCACUUGGUGUGGGUAUAUAAUCGGAAACGAGAUGGAAAUGAUACGGCCAGAAGAUCCCAAAAGGCUGCGUGUCCUUAAAUAGUUCAUGAGUCUGAAGGCCAUGGACUUCGUGAGUCUCAUAGUUUGGCGCUUUUCUGGGUCUUACCAUGAUGAAAAUGAAGACGAGCAGGAAGAUCAGGAGGAACCCGAUCAAGGUCACAACAACAGGAGAAGGCCACCGGGGUGAGCCACUCAGCCCAGUCACAUGAUUGACGAACGGCAACAGCAUGCGCGCGCCGUCACACUUUUCACGUGCCGCGAACACUUAAACAAAUCGGAACGAGAAAUGCUCGAAAAGCAUGGGGAAAGCCUGCGGCUCUCUUUGUAUGAAAUGCCUACGCAAAUCCCUAAACCUGUCAAACCUUGACGCUCGGAAUGUUCUUGAUUCAUUUGCGUGCGUUCUUGUUCUCAGUGCGGUCGCCAACGUCUUCCGCGUGUUCGCUAUCUGUCAAAGGCGCACAGCCAUCGAUGGCGGAUAGCGAUGGCGGAAACAAUGAAAAUUGUCCAAGUCUGUCAACCAACUCAAAGGACAACAGACCAAACACGACAACAGUACACGCACAGACGGCGAACCAGCUCAAGCGGUAUGCUUUCAAUAAGUGCCCGGCGAACAACAGGCAACAGGCUAAACACGGCCAGAACAGAACGGCAGGCAGAUCAAGCGAAGCCUAAGCAUGUUCUCGGCGGUGAUCUUGCUCGCGUUCAUUCUCGUGCUGAUCUCGUUCGCGAUCGUGCUGGUGUUGGUGCUGCUGCUGAGCUUAGUGCCUCUGAUGUUCUUCCGCUGCGUUCUUAAUAUCUCGCGAAGUGGUCCUCCCACUACAUUGCCUCGGUGCUGAUGUUGGUUCUGUGUCCAGAUGAAGGACCCAAAACCAAGCAAGCAGCUUACUCCAAGGACGGAAAUGACCACUAGAGAGGCUGCGGCAUAGGUGGUGGCGCUGACGCCGAGGAGUCAAUCCGCCAAAAGCGUAUAAACUAGCGGGGGAAUAGACGCCGCGGAAGGCGACAGCCUACAAUGACGCGGCUAGCGGUAGGCUCAGACGCUGCGAAAGGCAGCGGCUUACUUAGGAACCACUAACGGCGACGAAGUUAGACGUUGUGGAAAGCAACAGCCUAUGGAAACUGCCAGCAGAAUCGAAUGGGCGCUGUGAAGGCAACAGCUCUAAGGCUACUGGCAGAGCUAGAUGCUGCGAGAGCAACGGCUUAAGACUAAGCAAACUAACGGCGAGACAGAUGGGCUAGGACUAGACUUCGCGAAGGGCAACAGCCUAAGGGGAAAACUAAUCGACGCGAAGAGGAUAGGUGCUGCGAAAGGCAACGAACAACCUAAGUAGGAAACAGAUGGAAAGGCGUCGCAUAUGCCCCGAGGUAGAUGCUGACGCUGUCGCCGGUCUGAGACCGAACCAGAGACAAGCCAGCGAGAAACAGUCUAGCCGCGAAGCCCGGCGACAUCCUCAGAAAGGAAAGCGAGUACGUCGACGGUGCCCCUCUCUGGAACGGGGCUCGCCAAAAAGUCCCAAGCCCCAGCCAACUGAAACGGGCUCGGCUGUGUGUACGUUUUAAGUAUUCACAAAGCGAGGCAACCUGCCAGCCGCAUGGCAUAGCUUCCGCCCUCACAGGCAGCGCGCCACUGAGCUACAAGCCCCCGCGCGCCCAGCUACCUAGAACAGGGGCCGCGGGCUUUCUCUGUGCGUAGGUUUCCUCAAGUGUGUCCAUCCUUUCUGGUAGUUUCGACUCCCAGUCGGCUUGUGGUAGUGCUCUGGCGGGUGGACUAGCCUGCUGUGGAGAAACACCACCCACCCACGAGCAGACAGGCCAACAUGCCUCCGCUUGGUCUCGAGCGCCUCAGGGGGUCAGUCACUUGCGUGACAAAGACAGCAACAGGAAGAAGACCGUGCGCCAAACUAGCACCGGGGACGGCUUUGCCCAUCCCAGCGGGGCCCCACCUUCCCACCCGAAAGGGCGGCGCGCGCGUUUGGCAAAGAACAGCCAGGCGGAAGGGCUUCACAACCGCCCCGGCGUCCAUGUCACACGCCUCAAAUAUUCCAGGGGCCGGCUUGGGCUUUAGCGUGCGGCGUGUCAUUCUUGAAGAAUCUCCCGGCCUUUCGAUAAAGCUGCUGGCGGUGCCGGGUAGCCUUGCGCAGCAUCUUCGCCUACGCUAAGCGUGGGUAAUGAAUUCUACAGGGCCACACCUGGCGGGGCCUUGUGGCUCCUCGGGCCCGAUCAUUACAGCCAAGCACUUAAGUAGAACAAAAGGGGCCGACUGGGUGCCGAUGACGAUGCGAAGGCGAGCGAGUCAGCAGCCUUAUUAGCGGGGCUGGCGUCGAGUGCGGUGAGGGUGGGGCAGGGCGGUGCUAGCUAAUGCCCCGACAAAGUGAGACGCCUGGGCUGGCAUAGCUACGCGCGGGCUGGCUUUUACGAGCCAUCUGUCGCGCCUCUGUCGCUUGCUUGAGGACCAGGCAAAGACCACCGGUGGGGCGCUCGUUACUCUCAAAGAAGACGACGACACGGGGGCCACCUGCUGCCCCCAGCCUUCACGCCAGCCGAGCGCGCUGCCUGGGUGGGAGGGACAGACGUAGUCGGCUUUGACGCUGGUGCGGCCGCCACUCCUGACUUGGUUUGGCUCGGGAGGAAGAGCGAGGACGGCUGGAGCUGGACCAGCCACGGCCAAGGACCACAGGACUGAAGGUGGAAGAGAACGCUCACCCGCCCAGGGAGUGGGGAGGCUGCGCCCUCCGGGGAAAUCGACGCAAAAAAUACCGGAGCGCGCUUAACAGAAACAAAGGCUGAGACAACAGCGCGGGGCCUUGUCUACCGUGCUGCGCGGGCCGUGUCGGGCUGUGCCAAGAGCGCGGCGACGGGCCACCCCACUGCGGGGGACUGGUGAGGGGGGUGGCCUCGGGCGCUUGUUCGAGUCUGACGCCUGUCCUGAGCACGUCACUGCAGCCCCUUGGCGUUGGUGUGUUACCUUCAACGGGGUCAAAGAUGGGCACGACGAUGACCGAGGCCGCAGGGGUGUGCCACCUCGGGGGCAUCGGCUCGGACCUACUCAAGCAGGGCGCGCAGGGCCUUAAAGGUGGGCUGAAGGUCGGCGGUGGCUGGUUCGGCUGGGGACUUUGGAAGGCUUUCGCAGAGAGAAGGCCUGCUCUUCACAACAGAGUUAACCUGGGCAUGACCCGCAGUCGAGGCCAUCGCCGUACAGUCUCAGGAGGAAGCGGACGAGGGGGGGCCUCGCUCUCCCAAUCGCAAAAGGGUCGGAAAAUAAAAAAGGGACGGCAUGGCAAAAGCGGCAGAGGUAGUAAUGUAGUAAUAGGGUAAGGAUAAGGUAAGUGCUGGGCUUCGGGCUGCUCGAGUUGCAGCGGGUUGCCCUUGCCCGGGUUGUCGAAGCGCAGGGGCCCCAAAUCUGGAACGGGUUGCCAGGAGAACCUUGGCCCAGCAAAAUGAGGCGAAGCCGGGCGGUAUGGGGGAGCAUUUGCGCGCUUGAAGUGAAGAAGUGAAGAAGGGCGCAGCUUUUGUUUUUUGUUGUUGCUCAUGAAAGGGGCAGCCACGUGUGAAGGGCUCGGCAGCCUUUCGGGCUCUUUUUUUGUAGCGUGCGGGCGCGUUUUGGGAGCGAAAACAAGGAGCGCAGGCCCCUGCGCUGCUCUGUCUCUGUUGUUUUUUAUUUUGAGGUGGGUGUCGCUGUGGUGUGUCGUCUUCGAGUCGUUGGCGAUCUCUCCCUUUUUUAUUUCUUCGGGUGUGGGUGUGGCCAAUCUGCUUGGGGGCUGAGGGUGAGCCUCCGUCUGCUGGCUUCAGCGAGCGAGCGGGCGACGUGUCCAGCCUUGGGCAUGGCAGUAAGUAUACUGGGGGGCUUCUCAAUUGAAGUGGUCGGAUUGGCGCGCUAGAUAUUUAUCUAUGAGGGAGUACGCAGCUCGAAAUACGGGGACGCCGUAAGCAGAUAGGGCGGCGCCGCUAGAUAUCUUACCCAUCUAGCCAGAGACCACGCCACUCGGCUGAGCGUAAGAAUAGGCGACCGCACUCCCUUGGCAAGGUGGGGGUAGCUGGUGGGGCCUUAGGGGCGCACGAAGAAGAAAAUCAAGGAUCAGAGACGCGGCGCGUGGUGUCGUGCGCUCUUGUUAGGGUCUCCCGUAGGGUCAUAAGUCUGCGCCGAAAGGGUGCCGCGCCAGAGUUUGGGCUGGCAACUCGAGCAACCCGAGCAGCCCGACCCGAUAUGGGUCAAAAGCAGCCUGGGUCUUAUAUGUUUAGGAAAAACGGGCGGCGCCAGCUCCGGCCAGACUGGCUGCUUGCUGCUGAGGAGGAAGGGCAGACGAGGAACAAGAAAAGGCGGAGGCAGGGGCGAGAAGAGAUCAGAAAGGGGCGCCAGGAUCAGGGAGAGGCUGGCGGAAUAUGGGGAGGCGUGCAAGAAUGGCGAGGACACUGCGACGGAGAUCUGUGAAGAGGAGAAGAAGGCGAGGCGAGAAGGCUGGGCGGACAGAACCAGGGACCUGGCGAAGGGGACGAGGACAGAGCAGGCGAAGCAGCUGGAUGGAAUGGCGAGACAGCACAAAGGGACAAGCAAGAGGACGAAGGGAACAAACAGGGCGGCGAUAAAGGUAACAGGAGGAGACGGGAGGGCCAAGAAAAUCGCCCGGGUGGAUGGGGAGAUAGUAGACGCCCUUCGGCUGAGACUAGCCGAGCCAUGGAACAUACCGGAAGAGGGGGAAAAGGAUACGGCGGAGAAAUGGCAGGAGGCGGAGGCGGGGGCACAAGUAGGGGCGUGGUCGGUUAGGAUCGGGGAGGAGCUGGCGAACAGUCUAGAGGCCAGGGGGGCAGAUGGGCUCCCGUGGGAAGCUUACAGGGAGGCGGUAGAGCGGGUGAACUACGUGAAGGCUGCGGGGCUGGGUGGGCUCAUCGGGGAGCUGUUUAGGGUGGGCCUGGAGAACUCGGUGAAGAUCUUGGGGGAGAUCGAUGACGUGAAGCCAAUGGAGCAGAAGAGCACUAGACCGGCUGGGCCGCCUGGUUAUGCAAGGGGAAGGGGGACCGGGGGGGGCGGGGCGAGUUAACUACAGGCUUGCGGCGGCCUUGCAGGUCACGCAUAAGAUCACUUACACGCAACGCGCACAGGAGGCAGCCGGCGGGCGUCAUAUAUAAGAGAAACAAUUGGGAGGGCCAGACAGUAUGGCUCCCAGGCCAGGGCGGGGCGCUGGGGCUAUCUCUUGCAUCUGGUGGAGAUAUAUAAUAGAGGCGGACGAGGCGGCGGGCCCCUCUCUGGCACUGCGUGACUUGGGGAAGCUUUCGACUGAGUGAAGCGAGGCAGACUGGUCGGGAUCACGCUAGGGCUUGCUUGGGGCGCCGGCGGAUUGUGUGGCCUUGGGUGGGUAAGGAGGUUACACGCGGGGACCCGCCUGGCCUCCCUCGCAGUGGGGGAAAAAUAGGGCGGAAGAGGUAGAGGCAGACUCGGGGGCAUGUCAAGGGCCCCCGGUGUCGCCUCAUUUAUUCACCAUCUAUGCCCCCGCGAUGAGAGAAGAGACCGAGGGGAGGCUGGAGGAGGAAGGGCUGUCUGAGGGGAGUAGAGGUGGAGAAGCAAGGGGGCAGCUGCGGAGGAGGAACCGCGGCGGGGAUGGGAAAACAGCAGAAGAACCUGGGCACCAACGGGGCACCACUGGGGGGGCCCCGCGCUGGAGGGGCGUAGUAGAUGCGCUGGGGGUCGUAGUAGAUGGCUGGCUGAGCCGGGGCGGGGAGUCGUAGUAGAUGCGCUGGGGGUAAACGGUGCAAACCGGGACACAGAGAAGGGCGCUAGCCUGACGACCUACGCAGACGGUGCGGGCAUCUGGGGUGACAGCGUGGAGAAGACGGCGAGGGCUGUGGAGAUCUUUGAAGAAGUGGGAGCAAGAUGCAGCACGACUAUGAACAAGAGCAAGGCGGAGGCGCUUAUGCGGGAGGGUUAACACCUGAGGAGGGGCGGGCGUUACAUGAGAGACUAGGGAGCGCGCGGCACUCCUCAGCUGGGGCAGAUCUCAUAAGGAGGGGCGGGGGGCUGGUGGGUGAUAUCAUAAACACACACGGGGUGACACAGCUCGAGGUCGCUGAGAGACUGAACAAGGCGAGGAAAAAAGGGCGGGGGAUCGGUCCGCUCUUGAGAGGUGGGGACGUCGAUCGGAUAGGCCGCAGGAUGCUAGUGGAGGCAUUGGCAGGCAGGGCGCUGCUGGGUGGUUUAGAUGCGUCGGGGCUGUCUGGCCACGACAUAACUAAAGCAAACCAGACGCAGCAGCUACAGGCCAAGCUCCUGCGUAUGGUGGCAGCGCCAGGAGACGGCAGGCGCACCGGAGCAGCUUGGGCAAAGAGGAAGCUAGGGCAAGGCCUGAGUAGGGAGCGAAAGCAAAUGGAAGAGGCUCCCCGGCAGGUGGAAGAGGGCAGAACGAAGCAGCAAGAGGUGGGCAGACGGGUCCCCGCGCCGACAGUGCGAAGCGAAUGGGGGCCAGCGCCUGCGGCUUCUCGCGGAUGUUGACCGCUACAACUUACAGGGAGGAGAGGUAGGGGAGGCGUUUGGGCAGUGGGGUAGAGUUGGACGCAGAUGGGGGGCCUAACGCCAUGCCGGUGAGGAGGGUGAAACUGCAGGAGGGGGGCAACAGCUGCAAGAUGUGAACGCCAGCCAAGAACCUGCCGAAAGUUUCCGCGGGUUCAGACCUCAGACUACCCGCCAGCGAGUCGGUGGAAACUAACACCCCCCGCAAGAUGCCACAGACGUCCCCCCCGCUUAUGCAUAGCCAUCCACACACACACCAAGCAGCAAGGGGAUGGCUGCUGGCUGCGGUAGCUGAGCUGGCCCACGUGUUCCAGCCUCAGGCUGUUCGCCCAUAUGUGUGCAGUUAGGUCGGUGGCUUCUCGCUGUCAUUGGUUGAAACUAUCGCAUGCGCCUACUCGUUAGCCUCUAGGUGUAUCGGAUGGCACUGAUAAACCCAGCAAGGCUAGCAGACUCCCCCGCCGCCUUAUUGCUGGAGGGGGGCUCUUUGCGUGUGGUUGGUGGUGUUCUUCUCGUGUCUAUCUAUCACAGAGACGCGCGCGCACUGGCAUAGGAUAGGGCCGACGCGUCGAGAGGUCUGCGCAGUCUGUCAGACUCUGCAUCUACCUCCGUAGUCUGUUAAGGUCGGCGCUUGUUAUACAUGUAGGCGGUACGCUUGCCGAAAUCUCAACAAAAAACGCGAGGCCCUCUGCAGGUUUCUGAAAGAAAGACAAAGGGAAGAGGAGCGGGAGGAGAAGGCAAAAAGAGAGGCCCAACGCAAAGCCCGAAAGAGAGAAGAGACAGAGGAGAAGCGAAGGGGAGGAAAAAAGAGGCCCGCGGCCAAACCGCUGGAGGGACUCAGGGAAGGGAAGAAGCCAAAGAAGCCCCCAGGGGCGGAAAAGGCUGGAGGAGAAAAGCGGCCGGCGGAGGAGCCGCUGAUAGACCUCAGAAAAAGGAAGAAGGAGAAGAAGCAGCCAGGAGACCAAGAGGAGGAGGAGGGCAACGCCCUCAAGGAAAAGGACGAGAAGGGGGCGCUGGGGGCAUCGAGCAGCCCCACAGCAGUGAAGAGGGAGCAGCAUCGAGGACAAAGAACAAGGCUGAAAGAGAGGAAAGAAGCCGGCACAGAAGGGAAGAAAUAAAAAAGAAGAGAAAGGGCGGAGGCCUGGCAAAGGGACCGCCGGACGAAAUGAGGCCAAGGAGACCACGAAGGGAACAGAACAGCAAAGAAAACGGCUGAAACUAAGGGGCUGCCUAAGGGGAGACCCCCGAGCGACGAAGGGGGAGGCAGUGCAGGAGGGUAAGAGCAAGCGGAACGGGCUCCCCUCGCCUCCUUGGGGUCCCCCGGAGAGGUGGCGGGCGCGGGUCUGGCCUCUCUCUGCGGGGUCGGGUAGGGGCAACCUUUCAUCUUAAAGAGGGCAGCCCUCUUAGGCAAAACGGUUGCAGGGAUGAGAUGGCAUCCCGCCCCACCCGAUCGGUGGGCUUGCAUCAUCAUCGUCAUCAUUUUGAAAGGCAAACAAGUCGCCGCCCUUUUCUGUUUUGUUUCUGUUUUAUUUUGUCCUAUUUGCUUGGGGUCUUCUCUUCGCGCUCUUGUCUAUUUCCAUCCGCCUACUCUUGUCGCCUUCUGUUAGUUUUCGCUGUUUCUUUCCGAAAGCUGGCUCCCGAAAGUUUCCGGCUUUUUCCGUUAGUUGUUUCGGAAAUUGACGGAAAGGAACGGAAAAAAAAGGAAAGAAACGGAAAAAACCGACAAAAACGGAAGCAGACGGGAAGGGACAGAAAUCGACGGAAAUAGACGGAAGCUUAAAGGCCCCAAAUAUGAAAACGGAACGAAAGAAACGGAAAAAAGCGGAGAAAAGCGGAGGCUUGUCUUUUGUGAUUUUUUUUUGCUCCCUUUUUGGCAAAAUGCUAACAAAGGCGGCGGCGCCUUUCACUAUAGAAGUAGACGCAUCGACCCCAGCGCGCUUGCGUGGGUUUCUUCUAGUCACGUGCGUGCGCUUGGUAUCUGGGUGGUGCAAUUGUGCGCACGUAUAGAGCUUAGCCUGCCUCCUUGCUUUCAUGUAGUAAGAGAGGAAGCGCGUGAGGGCGUCGGUGCAUAUGUCGGGCGAUGGGGGGUUCGCUGGCUAGUUUUUGCCAGAUAGGCAGCUCUCCCCACAUUCACACAAAGGCCGGCGGCGAAGACCCACCGCACGAACACGGGCGGGGGCUGGCAGAGAGAGAGAGAGAGGCCGACAAACCAAAGAGCCAGGGCGCCCAUGCCUAGGGGCAGCGGGCUUGGCGCUUUGGGUGAAGAUGGGCCCGCUGUGAGAGACAGGGGGCAGAGACUGACAGGGUGAGAGAGCAACAAAGAGAGCCGUGGCGCGCGGCGGGAAUCACGCCACGCGCCUCAGCUUUUUGAUUGGUCGGGGGUCUGUCGAUGCGUUGAACUUUCGGAAGCUUUCGGCGCUCGGUUUCUUGGGCUUCACAUCUUGCAACAACAAGGAGAGACAGAGCUGGGAGGAGCUCAGGGAGAGACUGGCGGAACACCUCCAGGGGAAGGGCCUGGGGGGCAUGAAGGGAAUGGAGGGGCUGCAGAGGGCCCGGGAAGUGCUUGGAGAUGGGGAGAAACUGGACCAGGGGCCGGGGCCUAGGACUUGGGUGAAAAGGCUGAAGGCGAGGAGUGUCAAGGGCAUACUCUUCAGCUGCUUGCAGUCGAUACACCGGCAGGGGUUAUGGAGUGCAGCGGUGAGGGUGCUGCAUGACGCUAGGAGAGGAGAAAAGGGGGCACGGGGGUGGGCAAAGUGCGAGCACUUUGGCAAGGAGGGCCCCAAAGGGCCGCGGGUGCUCGUGGGGCAUUGGGUCAAGACUGUGAAGAACAAGAAGGAAGGAGGCCCGGAGACAUUUCGGGAAAAGGCAGCGCGGAAGGAGCUAACGGAGUGGAAAGCAGUGAAGGGGGGAGAGGGGCGCAUGAAGGGAGAAGAGGAAGAAGGAGGGGGGGCAAUGAUAUGCGCAGGACCUUCAGGGAGGUGCGCCGCGGGGGAACGGGUGCCACGGCGGAGGAGAUCCUCGCCUUGGCUGCCUUGGUGGAAGCAGUAGAGAGGGGUGCCUGGCCAUCGCAAGGGGCCGGGGUCUAACUAUACUAUGUGCAUGACCGAAGGGAGGCGGGGGAGGAGGCUUGGCUGGGACCUCGCCAGGGGCUCCAUUUUCUGCAUGGAGCUGCAGGAAGACGGAGAGAGAGGCGAGGCGCCUUGCCUCUGGCGAGCCAGGUGAAGAGCUGCAAGGACAGCGCGUCAGACAUUAGAAGGCGCUGGAGAUGCCAGAUCUUUUACGGCAGGGGUGAGGCACAUGGGAGCUGGCUAGUAAAAGGCGCGAAAAGGCGGAGGAAAGACGAGGAGGGGCGGGGUGUCCCAUGGGGUGAAGCGGCUGAGGUAGGGCCCGACCAUGAAGGGGCAGGCGUGCCCAUUUAUUAGGGCGAGGGCAUGUCGGUUGCUGGAGGAGCUGCGGGCCCAGUGGUGUGAGGGGUGUAAAAGGAGAGAGGCCGGGGAAUUUUGGGCAGAGCACAUAAGGAAGGGAGAGGAAGAAGAGGAGAAAAGAAGCAAGAGAGAGAAAGAGAGAAAACAGGAAGGAGCAAAGAGGGAACGCAACCGAAAAAGAGACGAAAAGGGAGGAGAGGAAGAGGAGCGCAAGCGCGCGCAAAAAAGAAGGAAGUAGAAGGACCCAGGGAGGGCGGCCAGCCUUGUGGAAUUUAAAAGCCGGCAAAGGCGGAGAACUGGGGCCCCAUCUCGAAGAAGAUUGGGCCGGUGGGUGUCUGUCACCCCGUCGAGGCUGAGAGUGAAGAGGAGCAGCCCCCACCAACUACCACGCCACCACGCGAGAAGCUGCGCUUGGCGGCAGUCUCCAGCGUCGACGGCAUAGAAGACCAGACCCGGAGGUCUGGCCCUCGUGAUACAUCGGGGGGCGGCGCCUUGAAUAUUAAGGACAGGAGGACGGCUGCGGCGCUCUCGCCGCAAUAGAAGCCGCCGACGGUUUCGCCAGGCAGCUCUGACUUUGCCACGCCCAUAUAGCAAACGCCCGCGAAGGCGUUGCCCUUGCUUUGUUUUGUGGUUGUUUUGUGUUCUCCUCUGUCCGCAGUUUGUUUGUGGGAUUUCACGGGCUGCGGGCUUGGGGGCUCCGCGCGUGCUGUCGUUUUGAGUGGCACGGCGUCCGCAACUCGGGGGGUUCACGGGCUGCGGGCUUGGGGGCUCUGCCUGCGCGCGUCGUUUUGGGCUGGGCGGUGUCCGCAAUUCGUGGGGGCAAUUCGGCUGGGGCUCUCCGCGUGUCGUUUUGGCUUUGAGAGUGACGGCGUCCGCAGUUGAUUCGCGUGCCCACGAGUUGCGGACAAUUGGGGCCCCCCGCGUGCCGUUUUGAAUUGAACGCGACGGCGUCUGCAGUUGGUUCGUGGUGGCCCAUGAGUUGCGGGGAAUUGGGACUCUCCGCGCGUCGUUUUGAAAGAAAGUGAUGGCGCUCACCCCCCGCCGACGAGCUGCGAAGGACUCUUGGCGAAGGUGUUAGGCAUGUCGGGGCUCGGUGUGGUCGUCGUGUGUCUGUCGUCGAUCGUCGUCUGCCGUCGAUCGUCGCCUGCCGUCGGUCGUCGUCGGCCGCGGUCCGUUGUCGAUCGCGGUCUGUCGUCGCUCGCGGUCUGUCGUCGAGGGUCUCGGGGUUUGGCUCUUAUUUUCUGAGCCUUUCUUAUGGUGAUGAAAAUGAACAAGAGCAGGAAGCCCAGGAGGAUCUUGACCAGCCAAGGAAGUUCAGAACAACAGAAGAAGGCCAAGAGGGUCAAGCACUGAGAUCAGACACAUGAUUGACGAACGGCAGCAGCGUGCAUGCGCUCGCGUGUGCUUUAUGUUUCUACUGAAAUAGUUCGGGUCUACCCCUACAGUUUAUGACGCCACAAAGUGGCCCAGCUUGUCAGCUUUAUAGUUUCUACCCGAUCUGUGGGCACAUCAAGGAAUUUAAGCCACGUCAAGCUUUAUAGUUUCUGCGUUCAUGAUCAACAGCAAGCAUAUGUGCCGGAAACCCCCGCUAGUUUCGGUGAUCUGCGUUUCGCGCGUCCAAAUGACCGGGGGGCAGGAGCGCGUUGCGCUCGAUGAAAUAAUCUUUGAGCGACGAAUUAACACGGGAGGACAGAAAACGGCGAACUGGGACACCAAAAAUGAUUGCCGAAAAUGGCGGUGGCGAUGGAGGGGACCAAGAACAAUUAUGGCAUUUGAAAGAAGCUUUUCGUUUUCAUCUAUGGUAUUUUUUCUUCUUCUACCUUUCCACUUCACCACGCUCAAACCUGCGCCUUCUAGUCUCCACACUUCGCUUUGGGACGGACGCCUGCGCUGGUACUCAUCAUCAGCAUAGCGGCUUGUAUGUGGCCUCAGCAUUCACACCCGCUGUCCGCCUAGUGCGCUGGUCUGGUGGAGUCCUGGCCUUCGCACAAAAUGCUUGUGCUCUCUAAAAAAAUGCCAGACACUGUAGACGUAGGGGAAGACGAGCCGCUCAAGCUCCCGAGAUUCAAACUCUAUCCUCCGAGUACGGACACAAACUCUGCCUUCACAGAUCUUCAUCCAGUAGAACUAGCUGCAUCCGAGUGGGUUUGGCAUGGUGUUGCAGCCACUGGCUUCAUCUUGUUCAUAGUAUUGUUUUUGUUCAUUUACUUCUUCUUCUAUCGGCACGCAGCGGCUGCUGCUGCUGCAGCUACACCUCCUCGCGCAGGUAGCUCCUUUGCUGGUAGCUCUCUCGAAAACAGUGCAGGAGAUCAUGACGAGCAGCAUCACAACAAGAACUACGGCUCGACAAGUGCGAAGGACAACCCUUUCUUGUUCUACUCCGAACGUGCGGAUGAUGAUGAUCAUUCUAGCAGCGACGCUGAGCGUGAGUCCUCGCCCACUGCAGCAAGAAGCAACGAGACCACCGAUGACCAAGAACAGGGCGCAACGCGAUUACCUGCAGUGAGGAAGCGCGCAGGUCACGCUAAGAACCCGAAGAAGGUCGCAUGUGACAGCAGCAAGGACGAGCUUCGUGUCGAUGAUGACCAACUAGAUUUCGCGUUUGGAGAAAAUUAUGCUUCUGCUUCAGUAGUAGGCGCAGAGAUUCGGGAAUGCCAGUCAGCAGCCAGGCAGCGAGUACUGCCGAGUCGAGAGCUGGAGGAGGCUGGUAGCAAGACGCUUUGAAACCUCCACGACGUGAGAAGUUAGAAAAUUUCUUCUACGUCUGGACUUCUCUGACUGUGGGUGACAGCAGAUGUAAGUCUAUGCGAGACCGCUGUUCCUGAUGUCUUCCUCGCAAUGAUCUUGACGAUGCAGACAUACGUUUUUUCCACCAAGAACCCUAUUCAUGUUGUACAGGGAUCCACUGUUUCACAUACUUGAGACAACUGAAGAUUUUACCUGUAUUCUGUAUACUCUCUGAUUAUAUCGAAAUAGAUACUAUGAACCUAGAAGAUAAUUUCUACGACUUCGUCAACUCAUUCAUGUACUUCUAAACAAACCAAAAACAAAAGGUGAACAGCUUGUGCUGUGAACGAGGC